AUGGUUGGCCUAGGGCCGAGUGAUCAAGGACGUGAUUCCUUUGAUGUGUGUAUGGUGGCACGUGAAAUUACACCGAGUGCGGUCGGCCGUGAGAGCACCGCACUGAAUGUCGGUAAUGGCGUUGUUGGCGAUUCGCCAUAUGGUGUGGGCGGCCGUGAGGGCACCACACCUAAUGUCAGUAAUGAUAUUGUUGGCGAUACGCCGUAUAGAGUGGACGGCCGUGAGGGCACCACGCUUAACGCCGGUAAUGGCGUUGUUGGCGAUACGCCGUAUAGUGUGGGCGGCCGUAAGGGCACCACACCUAAUGUCAGUAAUGACACUGUUGGCGAUACGCCGUAUAGUGUGGACGGCCGUGAGGGCACCACACCUAAUGUCGGUCAAGACAAAAGCUCUCGUGUAGAGCGUCUCGAAGAGACAAUCGAGACGCCGAGUAGCAGCUGUAAAGCGCCAGGCGUCCUCACAGUCACAUAG